AUGCAAUCCGUCGAACUAUACAACCCCAACUCGCCAAACUUACACGUCUCGUCUCUCGCCUCUAUGUACUCCUUAUCCGAGGAUCUCAACCCUCUCAACUACCAGUUGACUACGGACGACUUCAUUGCACUUGCUCAACCCGACGGGCAACUUUUAUAUACCCUUGAUCCAUCCACCUCGACAUCUCUAUUUUGGGCGUUGUAUCGUUUAGUGCGGUACAUUACCCGCGCCGCAUCACACGACCUCUAUCAGGACGCUACCAUUCCAUUCGCGUCCAAGGGUUACAUCCCUCAAAUUUAUUUCGACCGAAUCGGCAUGCAGCGCCCAGACAUCCUCGCCAUCCAGGAAUAUCAUUCCAUCAAUCCGCUUUGCGGAUAUACCAGUAGAGAAAAUCUCAUCGCCUGGUACCGCGACUUCCAGACAAUCGGACGACUCACAGUUCAGUGGAUCCAGACCGCGCGCCGACAGACGCUUCAACUGGGAGACGGGACGGGAUGGAAUUGGGAGGCACGCCACGGGCCUCGUCUCGAGUACCCAAACCGUCUACUCAUCACCAACGACACUUCCGAGACGGAAGCCGAUUUUUUUUCCGACACUAGUUCUGAAGGGUCAGAGAGCGAACUGGGCAGCUGGAGUGCUGAAGGUUCCGGUACGGGAAUCGCCCAUGUUGACAACCGCGUAAUUUUACACCCAACCAAGUCCGCUUACGCCGCCCGCUACCCCGAUUUCAAUCCCUUUGCCGGUUUACCGCUUAUCAACAAUGGCUACGUCGACGAUAACAACAACAUGUGCCGAGCCAUGAUUAUUCACCCCGCUAUGGGAGCCAACCAGGCCGGUGCGACUAUCGAUUACGCUAAUGCGCUUUUUACGGUUCAGGAUGCAGAAGAGUAA